AAAUUAUUUAAACCGGCGAUCUCCGACGUAAAAUCCGCAGAAUUUUUAAGGAUGGCCUUUCGAGCCGUUAUGCGCUCCGUCCUGUCAUCGGCGCAAAGACGUCCCUUCUGCCGCCCCAAUCUGCACCCCUUGGCGUCCCCUCUUCUCCUCGCCUCUAAGCUUAGGAUUAGUUUUUUCCAUGGAGCCGCUUCUCUGGGCUGCUCCAAUGGCGAUACUCCGUUGCUCGCCACCCCAUCUUCCGCUCCCCUGGAGGACCAAGAUCCGUCCAACGACGUCAAUUCCGAGUCAUCAAAGUCAGAAGGAAGAGUUGCACAAACCACAAAUAUUUUGGUUAUUGGUGGUACUCUGACUAAUGAUGCUGCUAACGAAUGGCUUGUUCUAGAUCAGAAGGUAAACACAUAUCCAAUGUUUAGAGGGUUUACGGCAAUUGGAACUGGAGGUGAUGAUUUUGUUCAAGCUAUGGUUGCUGCAGUUGUAUCAGUACUUCAACAGCCAAUCCUACAGGAACAAGUAACUCAGAGACUAUCCUCCAGGGGCAAGUAUGUUUCUGUAAACAUCGGACCUAUUAGAGUUUCUUCUGUUGAAGAGGCCCAAGCUGUGUACGGUGUCAUGAGGAGAGAUGACAGAACGAAGUUCCUUUUGUAGACUAACUUUGUUUUCUGGACAAGAAGAGAAGGAAAGAAAACCUAAUAGAUUUCACAUUGUUGCAUCCUUGCGACUCUACUGGCAGCUCGAUACUGGUGACAUUUAUUGGUAAUAAGUGUGAGAUGCUGUCAGCUGCAACUGUAUCCAGCUUCAGGCAGUAGGAAUUCUGUUUGGUUCAUCAAUGCCUGGUUUUCUUACCCUUGAUUUAUCGGGUGGAUAGUGGAUGUCUUGGAUUUGAGGUAUCGCGUUUUGUGGUCUACGUUGUCGGGUUCCCCUUUUUGUAGUUCAUUCAAAUUUCUUUUUCAAAAUUUGAUUAUAAAAUCAUCCAAAUGAGCAAGGAAAAGGAUGAUUUGUUUCGUUGUGUCUGAGAAUAUUGUAAUUUUUGUGUUUACUAUUGUAAUUAUUGUUGUUAACAUCAUAUAAUAUAUUAAUAAUUUUAGCCAUUUAUUGA